AGACCAAAAUCACCAAUCAUGUUUGAGUUGAUUUCUAUUUCUGGCCAUCACCCUAAUUUCAUCAUCAAUACUAUAAAUAGGCCAAUCCAAAACCCCAUAAUCCCAUCAUUCUUCUCUUCUCCAACAACCCAUUUUUCAUACUCAUUCAAUAAAUCUAUUAACCCUUUACAAUUCUCUGUUUCAUCACCUACCACUUCAAUUCUUGCUCACAAAGGAAGUGAAGUAGAAUUUGAGAAAGGGGUAGAAGAGGAGGAAGAAGAAGCAAAAACAGUAGUAGACGCUGCCAUGACGAUUACUCCAGCGAUAAGGAUUUCUGACAGAAAACUAAUGGUGAAAGACAGAACAAUAUUAACAAAUGUACCCGACAACAUACUCACCACUCCCGGUGCUGCAUCAGGUCCAUUGGAGGGUGUAUUUCUUGGUGCAGAAUUUGAUCAUGACAAUAGCAGCCAUGUUGUGUCACUCGGGAAAUUACAGGAUGUUCGGUUCUUGUCUUGUUUCAGGUUCAAGUUAUGGUGGAUGGCUCAGAAAAUGGGUGAUAGGGGAAGUGAAAUCCCAAUGGAAACACAAUUUCUUCUUGUUGAAACAAAAGAUGGAUCUCAUCUCGGAUCCAACAACAACAACAAUGAUGAUAAUAUUGUGUAUGCUGUUUUCCUUCCAUUAAUUGAAGGUUCAUUUCGAGGUGUUCUUCAGGGGAAUCCUGAAGACGAGCUCGAAUUAUGCCUUGAAAGUGGUGAUAAGGACACUGUUGGCUCAACAUUUAAUCAAGCAGUUUAUAUGCAUGCGGGCAGUGAUCCGUUUGUUGUCAUCACUGAGGCAAUUAGGGCGGUGAAGUUACAUCUCAAGACUUUCCGGCAACGGCACGAGAAGAAGCUCCCCAAAAUUGUUGAUUACUUUGGGUGGUGCACUUGGGAUGCUUUUUAUCAAGAAGUUACUCAAGAAGGCGUUGAAGCCGGACUCGAAAGUCUUACAGCUGGUGGUAUCCCGCCGAAAUUCAUCAUCAUCGACGAUGGCUGGCAGUCAGUCGGCGGUGAUCUAGAAGUUGAUAAACCAUUGAUGAGACUUACAGGAUUAAAAGAAAACGAAAAAUUUCAGAAGAAAGAAGAUCCAACGGUGGGGAUUAAAAACAUUGUGAAUAUAGCUAAAGAGAAAUACGGGUUGAACUAUGUGUACGUAUGGCAUGCGAUAACGGGUUAUUGGGGCGGAGUCCGACCAGGAGUGAAGGGGAUGGAGGAAUACGGGUCGGUUGUGAAGUAUCCGGAUAUUACAAAAGGGGUGAUGGAGAAUGAACCAGGUUGGAAAACGGAUGCAAUUGCGGUUCAGGGUUUGGGUUUGGUUAACCCGAAAAGUGCUUAUAAGUUUUAUAAUGAAAUGCAUAGUUAUUUGGCAUCAGCUGGGGUGGAUGGAUUGAAGGUGGAUGUGCAGUGUAUAUUGGAGACACUAGGGGGUGGUUUAGGGGGUCGGGUUGAGCUCACUAAACAGUAUCAUCAAGCUCUUGAUGCUUCCGUUGCUAGGAAUUUCCCUGAUAAUGGUUGCAUUGCUUGCAUGAGUCACAGUACUGAUGCGCUUUACUGUUCAAAGCAGACGGCAGUUGUGAGAGCAUCAGAUGACUUCUAUCCAAGAGAUCCAGUUUCACACACCAUUCACAUUGCUUGUGUGGCAUACAACAGUGUGUUCCUUGGAGAAAUUAUGCUGCCUGAUUGGGACAUGUUCCACUCCCUUCAUCCAGCAGCCGAGUAUCAUGGCUCAGCGAGGGCGUUGAGUGGUGGACCUGUCUAUGUUAGUGAUGCACCUGGCAAGCACAACUUUGAUGUUCUGAGGAAGCUUGUUCUUCCCGAUGGUUCAAUUCUUCGUGCUCGUUUGCCUGGUCGACCUACAAAGGACUCCCUUUUCACUGAUCCUUCUCGUGAUGGUGUUAGCCUUUUGAAGAUAUGGAACAUGAACAAAUACACUGGUGUUCUUGGAAUAUACAACUGCCAAGGUGCAGCGUGGAGCACGGUUGAGAGGAAGACCACGUUCCACAAAACCAACUCAGAGGCGAUAACAGGCUAUAUAAGGGGCCGUGAUGUCCAUUUCAUAUCUGAAGCUGCCUUGGACCCCAACUGGAGUGGAGACACAGUUCUUUACUCUCAUGGAAGUGCUGAGCUUGUUGUUCUCCCGUAUAAUGCAGCAAUGCCUGUUUCUUUUAAGAUCCUUGAGCACGAGACAUACACUGUCACGCCUGUUAAGGUCUUGGCACCUGGCUUCAGCUUUGCACCUUUGGGGCUCAUUGACAUGUACAAUGCUGGUGGGGCAAUUGAAGGACUAAAAUAUGAGGUGAAGGCAGGCGCAGAACUGUCUGAACUCGAGGCUGGAUAUCAAGGUGAAGGAAAUCUUGUGGCUGAAGAUAAAAUUGAGAACUUGAGCACAGAAGCAGUUGCAGUAGUGUCGAUGGAAGUAAGGGGAUGUGGCCGAUUUGGUGUUUACUCGUCUGUCAAGCCGAGGAAGUGCAGUGUGGGUGGAGAUAUGCUUGAUUUUGCCUAUAACUCAGAAUCUGGUUUGUUAACUUUGAAUCUUGAUGCUAUGCCUCCAGCAGAUCAGAAAGUGCACAUCAUUGAAGUUGAAGUAUAGAUAUUAGGAAGGAAGAGAUUAUUAAGAAGGGGAUUUUUUGGGGACUCAAAAAGUGAGAUUGGGACUUUAGAUAACUUGUCCGGUCCUGCUAACACGAGAUGUUUUGUGCCUUACUAGAUUAUGAUCCAUAGUAUGUGUCCCCACUUAUUUGUAUCACCAUUGAAUAGUUAAGCGGCAU